AUGGUGGACAACUGUUGUCCUGGGAACACCUUGGCAGUUCCAGCUGUGCCCACCACCUCCAUAUGCCCCAAUGGUGGCAGAUUCCGGAAUGCAAUCUGUUUGCCCAGUUCUUGCCAAAACAGAACGUGGCAACUAGUUACCUGCCGAGAAAACUGUCAGCCGUCCAGCAAUGCUUCAAGUGGGUGUGCAUCUGCUUCCUGCCAAGCUACUACCUGCCUUCCAUCAGCUUCUUGUGUGGGUUUUGCCUGCCAACCCAUUUAUUCUCGAACAGCCUGCUGUGAAUCCAGCACCAGUCAGCCUACUUGUCUGGAUAACUCAUGCCAGCCAGCCUGCUCCGAAAUCACUGGUUGUCAAGCAAAGUGCCUUGAUGCUAGCCCCUGCCAACAAGGCUCCUUCCAGAAAUCUGUCUGUGUGUCCAGAUCAUGCCAAGAAGCUUGCGGCCAAUCAGCCUGCUGUGAUGCCAGAUCCUGCCAGCCAUCGUGCUCUGAGGUAACUUCCUGUGCUGAAAUAUCGUGCCCACCAGCCAUCUGUGUGUCUAGUCCAUGCCAACCAUCUUGUUGUCAAGCAGGGUCACAUCAAGUCACUUGUUGUGAAGACCAGCUGUGCAAUUCAACUUAUUACCAGCCUAUCUACUAUCUUAUUAACCCUUGCUACUCGGUUCCCUGCAUGCCUGUUCCCUGCCAGCCAUCAGCACCUAUGUAUGCAUUCAGUUGCAAUCCUUCUUGCUGUGAGCCCUCCUGCUGUCAGCCACGCCACUGCCAGCCAGCUUCUUCCAUACCCUUCAUCUGUCAGCCAGUGGCUAACUGUCAGGCCCCUUGUUCUGUAAAGUACUCUUGUAAAUCAGUUCCUUGUGGCACCACGUUUUCUUGCCAACCACCUUGUGGUGGAUCCACUUCCUGCAACCAAAGUGGCUGCAAAUCCCCCUCCUGCCAGCCAGCCUGCUGUGUGACGGGCGUAGGUAAAUCGUCUGGUGGUGGUUCCAAGUGCUUCCAACCAACUUCUUCAAGUUUCUGCAAAGCAAGCAACUGCUUGUCGACUCCUUGCCAACCCCGUCAUGCAUCCAACUUCCGGAAGGCAACCCUUUGUUGA